AUGAGCUCUACUGCCAACGAAAUUGUUGAGCCGAAAGCUCGAAAAGCUUGUAUCAAUUGCCGCCGGCAAAAGAUGAAAUGUCGCCCGGGCGACGAUUCUGCCUGCCGGCGAUGCCUCCGUGCUGGUGUACCUUGUAUCUUUGUGCCACGGGCAAAUGCUGCUGGUAUCGGCAUCCCGUCCAUCCAGCCGACGACGACAGAGACUACUCUGGGCUUCAGCAUCCUCCACCGGCUUCAGAAGAUUGAAGACUUGCUAGGGAUCUCGGAGUCUGCGACUCCUGACGAUGCCAGUGAUGCUGUGAGCAAUGGAGAUCCUGAUGUUCUUCCACAAAAUACUUUUUGGAAUGCGGUUGCCGUGCUAAGGAAUCUCGCCCCUGCCCGAGUGACCCCUGCAGUCUGGGAACGGGGGACCAUCAUGAGCUUAUGGUCUAGCUUCCACGAGCGAAUGCCAGGACUGCACUUCAUGCCCAGCAGGCAGGUCUUCACGUCGCCUUGCCCUCUGCUCCUGUCGUCCAUGCUCUACUGUUCCAGCAUCCGGGGUCCCGACGAUAUCAGUAGGUUGGCUCCUCAGUAUUUCACAGUCCUUUGUCGUGCGAUGGCACAAUUGAGCAUCCCAGACAGCAAGGUCAGUCAAGUUCCUCGGCAAGCCUCGGCAGCCGAGGAAUGGGCUUUCCAAACAAUUCUUGCGAUUGUCUUGGCCGGACUGCUGUGCGAAGCCACGACGCGAGAAACAGGGAUCUGGAUAGCAAUCGCCUAUCGCUUGAUGCUAGACCAUUGUCCGCCCUGGGUGGACGAGCGGUCGAGAGAAUGGCGCAAACUCUUCAGCGGCGUGCAAAUCGUCGACCUAGAGCACGCCUCCAUACAUCUCGCCUGCCCCGUCAUUCCAGCCUCUGCCCCGUUGCAGAAGCUCCAGGCGCCGGCCAGCGACCAGUUAUCUCGACUGUCUCGGAUCAUGCAUGCCGGGCUGACGCAUUUCACCGGCCGUGGCCUGCCUACGAUCUGGUCCUGUUUUGCACUGGAGCCCUCCCGGCUGGACAGUUCAGGCUUGACGUUCAGUGGGACUGAUGCGGCCGUAAUUCGAGACUGGGCCAGACAGUUGGAUGACUGGCUUGUCGAAUUCAGUGGCUCUAACCAGGAUUCGCCCGAGGAUCGCGCCUUGGUGUUCCGUCAAUACAUCCUGCAUCGUCUGAUGGUCUUGUCCAUCUACCACCCGGCACGAGGGUGCAAUCUCUACUCUCGGACCAUGUCACCGCGAGACCAAAGUGAGCUCUUGCUGUCGGCGCGUGCUGCCCUCCAACUCCACGCAAAUGAUAAGACCAUCUGGUCGAAUUGGGAUCUUGUCAUGAUCUCCUGGGCUGCUCUUAUUGUCACGCAGGGACUUGAGGCAGGAUUUGGACAAGAAAACGAUCUGGAACACAUCAAAAAUCACAUUGGUGUUCUCCGACAAAUCCAUGAGCCAGUUCCAGGACUUCGGGCAAGACUUAUUGCUCGCCUAGAGCCCGGUUUGGAACAGAUCAAUUUUCGUGAUGCCCAAUUUCAGCAACAACAUACUCAGGCAGAAAAUAUACCUCUUGCCUUUGAUUCUUCAUGGGAGAUCUUCGACCAGAACAGUCUCCAACAGCUAGCUCUACCUAGUUGGUCAGUGAGCGGUCAGAUGCUGCCACUCACAUAG